AUGGCCACAGUCAGCUUAUGCGGCACUGCCACUGCGAAAGCUCCGAUGUUCGGCCACUACAAUGAGUUGAACACUCACCAAACGCAAGCAAGCACAGCAGCAACAUCCAAACAAGCGAUCAACAGUCCACAGCAUUCAUCGACAUCAUCUUUUGCCGCUACCAUCACACACCGCAACAAUGCCUUUGUCACAACGAACUCUCGCCCGUGCAUUCCGUCUGCGACUCACCAUUUUAUCCCAAAGGGCAUAUGGACGCCGCUUGUAGCUAGCAGCGAAGCGUUCUCAUCUUUCCAUGUACUCAGCUCCUCACUUUACUUCAUUUGGAGUCACCAAGUUCCAUCAGCCCUAACUGCAGUCGCCCGUCCGAUCAGCAGCCCCUCAGACCCGAGCAGCAUGGCCUUGUGCCUCAGUGGAAGGUCUCCCGACUUGUUUCGGUGCGAUGUCACUCCAGCGAAUUCGGGAUCUGAGAUGGCUGUCGGUCACCAUGACGGUGCACUUUACUGCGGUGUGGGCCCGGGAACGGCGAUGGGCUUCUGA